AUGAUUCUUGACUGUCCAAAAACUGGUGCACUAGCAAAUGCCUUGUGGCUGAUCUAUGCCACACCCAACCACAACCUCGAAUUCGCGAAGCAAGCCUGUCGUCUCCUCAAAAAGUCGAUCCAGUUCACCUCGCAUACAAGUGGGUCACCCGGAAAAGCGUUGAUCGACCCAUUCGUAAUUAUGUCGUGGCAUUGGCUGGCUUUGGAUCGUGUACUGUCUGUUGUAAUGGGGACACUGGCAUCGUCCGACGAUGUGACCGGGGUUAAGCAUCCAGAUGCAACGAAUCGAACUGACAUUAUGACCUGUCUCACAUCUGCAUUGCGCAUGCUGCGUCAAUUGUCCAACCCUUUUAUGUCCGCGUGUGCCAUUGAACAACCUCAGUGGAUUCGGAAACGGGUAGGUUUGAAUAGACUUCCGGUGCUUGCUUAUAUAUCACUGAAAAUGAAAAUGUAA